AUGGCGAAUCAGACAACACCCUCCCUCAAUCUGCAGCCUUCGUCGUCCGUCGUUGACACGAGUGGCACAGUCACGCCGGUUUCCCAGACCUCCAUUCCAUUGCCGCCUUCUGUUGCCCCUUCGAUACCCGACGCUGCUUCGCACAAGUCGAAAGAUACCCAGAGUCUGUCUAACACGAUAGCUGCUGUUCCCACUUCUCUCAGUAAAGGUGUUCAACCAAGACCGGACGACCCGUCACUCGCAUUCAACAAGUUCAUCCUCUACGAGAACCGCUUACGUUUCUUCAUAGUCGCGUCAAACACUUCCGACUCUCGUCACCGCAUGAUCAAGAUAGACAGGACGUUACAGGAUGAGCUUUUCGUCCUCGAGGAUGAGACCAUCUAUAGUGGUAAGCAGAUGAGUGCGAUGCUCAAGAUGCUUGAAGACGGGAACAAGAGUUGUGGUGGCUUGGGUAAGGCGCGGGUGUUUUUCGGUGUUGCAGGCUUCAUCAAGUUCACCGCGGGUUGGUACAUGAUCGUCAUCUCGAAGCGAUCCGUGGUCGCCCUAAUCGGUGGUCAUUAUGUCUACCACUGCGAGAACACCGACAUCAUCCCAGUCACAUUCCCUCACAAGGUAGACAAGGCCGCCGAGGAGCAACGCUUGAUGAACGUCUUCAAGCAAGUGGACAUGUCUAAGAACUUCUAUUUCAGUUAUACCUAUGACCUCACCUCGACCCUACAACACAAUUUGACUCGCGAGGGACUCAGCCCUUCUCGUCGGUGGCUGAUCAAUGAUCGAUAUGCUUGGAACCACCACCUUCUCACGUCUGCAUUCGAGAACGGUAGCUCUCCAUCUUCUAAGGCACACUGGCUUGUCCCCCUGAUUCACGGUCAUGUCGAUCAAGCGAAACUGACGGUGCUUGGUCGCGUUGUCUUCAUCACCCUGAUUGCGCGGAGAUCCCGACAUCAUGCGGGGGCGCGGUAUCUCAAACGUGGCGUGAACGACGAGGGCAACGUCGCGAACGAGGUCGAGACCGAGCAAAUCGUCUCCGAGACGCUCACUACGCCGUUUUACUACCCUGCUCCGAAGGCCUCGCCGGACGGAAGGCAAGGACGGCGACCUAGUCCAAAUUUUACUAGCUAUGUGCAGUUUCGAGGCAGCAUACCAAUUUUCUGGACUCAAGAAGUUACUGGCGUUGCACCCAAGCCUCCCAUCGAGAUCCCUGUCAUGGAUCCAUUCUACACUUCAGCCGCCCGGCACUUCGAUGACCUAUUCAAGCGAUACGGCACCCCGGUUAUGAUUUUGAACCUGAUCAAGAAGAAGGAGCCUCAGCCCCGCGAGUCGAAGCUGCUGGAAGAGUACACUCAAUGCGUGCGGUACCUCAACCAAUUCCUGCCGCAGGAGAAGAGGAUGGUGUACCGUCCCUGGGAUAUGGCACGCGCGUACAAAGAGAAGAAGCAGGAUGUCAUCGGCAUUCUGGAAGAUAUCGCGGAGGAGUCCAUCCAGAUGACGGGAUUCUUCCAUACUGGAGCGGAGCCUUUUUCGCAUUAUCUCCAGAAUGAGUAUGAUGGCGAAGAGUACACUUGGCGCACGACGAUGUCUGUGCAGAACGGGAUUUGUCGAACGAACUGCGUGGACUGUCUCGAUCGAACAAAUGCGGCUCAGUUCGUGUUCGGUAAGCGUGCGCUGGGACACCAGCUGUAUGCCCUUGGUGUUGUAGACACACCCAAUCUUGCUUUCGACUCUGAUGCGGUGAACAUGCUCACCGAGAUGUAUCAUGACCACGGAGACAGUCUUGCACUCCAAUAUACAGGAAGUGCGCUUGUCAAUCGGGUCGAGACGUACCGUCGUAUGCCCCAUUGGAACAGUCACUCCCGCGACAUCAUUGAGAACCUCCGUAGAUUCUACGCGAACUCGCUCCUCGACAACGACAAACAAGCAGCCAUCAACCUCUUCCUGGGGGUUCCCGCCGAAAAGACGAGCACGCGUGGACCUCCCCAGCGCGGCAACUAUCAGAAGUGGUUCAUAGACGAACACUUGGAAGCGGCGUAUCCGCUCGAGGCGUGCCAGCUGGCGGUCGCACAGUUCGUCAAUAGCCGCGCGGAUUACUGGAUCGAGUACUACCGGCCGCUGCUGUUCACAUCGCUGGGGAAGCAUUUUGCGUUCUCGAUGAACAGUACUCUCAAGCUGCCCGGAAAGACGGCGAGGGACAUUAAUAUGAGCCCUUUCUUACCCCACCAUGCGCCUAGUCAUCAGCAUCCAAAGUUGAUGGAUGGCGUGCGACGAUGGAUGGGCCAGAACUCUUCCGGAGGAUCACGCAUAUCUCGCAUUGACCGCUCUCAAGACCCGAAGUCGAGAUUGAAGAAGCCGAAUGUCACGCCGGAAGAUGUACCCGAGACACUUCCGGAGAUUGUCCUGCGGCUGCUGGACCCUAUUGUUAAGGAGGAGGAAGAGUAUCAGGAGUACAUCUUGCCCGCUCUCUUCGCCCUUGCCAUCUAG